CCUCCCCCCACGCGGCCCCCCGGACGGCGCCAGCCACACAGCCUGCUGCAGAUAUCUGGCUUCCACAGCGGCGCCCCAGCAGAUCUCGCCCGUCGUCACUCCUUCCAACAACAUACUCCGCGCGCAUCUCGCGAGACCAGCACCACGAACAGACGGGAGGGAAAACCAUUCAUCGAGACCAGGACCGCGCGCGCACGCGUAUAAUACUAUCGCCGGGAAAGCAUCAAGGCAUUUCUUCAUCUACGACAUAUCCCACCCGUCCGGCCAUCCCUCCAUUGACGGCAUCGCCUUGUGUGCGACCCAACAGCUCUCCCUUUGGGCUAGAGCCGCCGAGCAUCGCCAUUCUCAUCACGUCUCUCCUUCCUCUCGCCCACUUCACCGAGACAUCGAAGAUCCUCACCAACAGCGUGCGGCGACGUUUGCCCUCACGGCUCCUCGCCAUCACUCCCCCGGCUAUCCUUUGAACCCGCCCGCCACUCAGCUUUUGCGUCAAAGACCCCUUCCGUGUCUCCUCGUUCCCUCUCUACUCUCCCUCCCCUACGGCGGCGAGGCCCACUGAGGGGCUGCCCGCUGGCCCAAAUGCCGGCGGUCAAGCAGCCGUGCCUCCAGUGCAAAGAGAAACACGUAAAAUGUGACGAGGACCGCCCGCGCUGUCGCCGCUGCCAGUCCAAGCAGCUGCCAUGCACCCGGCCAACCAAGCAGACCGUCUUCAAGCACGGCUCCGUCGCGAGCUUCUCCAAAGACCAGAAAUGGGUCAACAGCGCGGCCCGGCACUUCCGAUUCCACCCCCGGGGCGGCGCUGCCGAACGAGGAGGCCCCGACGGCGCAUGCGGCAGUCCGGACGACACGAGGCCGCCGCGCACGGCGUCGCUGACCUCGCCGUCGCAGAUGACCGACGCGGGGGGCCACGGCGCAUAUACGGACGCACGCUCGAGCCAUGGCUCGCCAGGCGUCCCGUCGUCGCCACCUCACUCUCGCUCGCCCACGGACGCUGACUACGGGCUCCCGACGUACGAGAGCGCCUCCAGCAGGGUGCUUCCCGGCCUGACGCACGCGGAGAGCUUCCACGCCGACUCGGGGCCCGACUACACGCCGGGUGUGCCGCCUACGAUCCCGUCCAUCUCGUACCUCACCUCGUCAGCGAGCCACUUCUCGCCGCGCCUGCAGGACAGGACGACGACCGCGGUCCACCCCGCGUCCCCGCCGUCAUUGUACCCUCCAGAGUCCCCGGGAAUCCCGGCCGUGUCGGCCGUGCCCGUCUCGCGGCCGCACACUGAUUCGCAAAGGCCGUUUCCGCUGCAGAACGUGCAGGAGGCGUGUCUAUUGCGCUACUUUAUCGAGGAGAUAUCCCACUGGUUCGAUCUCUGCGAUGAGGACCGUCACUUCCAGCUCGUCGUGCCCGUCCUCGCGCGCCAGCACCCGCACCUCCUCGACGCCAUCUUCGCCGUCGCGGCGCGGCACCUCAGCCGCCUGCCGCAGUACAAGACGGGUCCGCGUGGCUCCAUCCUCUACCAUGGGCAGGCCUUGCCGCACCUCGACGAGCACGCCGCCGUCGAGUACAUGCUGCGCUGCAUCCCCGCGUUACGGCAGUUCGACGACGCACGCGCCACCGACGCCGACUACUGCGACAGCAUCAUCGCUACGGCCGUCAUCCUCCGCCAGCUCGAGGAGAUUGACCACGAGGACGACGACCACGCCGGCAACUCCGGGCGCGGCGGCAACAGAAACGGUGACAGCGACGACGGCGUACGCGACCAGCAGCGCCAGCCGCGGCCGCGGUCCGUCAACUUCUUGGCCAUCAUCGACGCCGUGCUGCGCAGCCUGCCGACACGCGAUGCCUUUCGCCAGCGCAGCGUCAUGCAGGCCGCGUACUGGAUGGCGCUGCGGCAGGAGAUCUUCAACUCCUUCACGCGCCGCGAGGCGCCGCAGCUCAUGCUGCCGGCCGAGUUUUGGCACAGCGCGUCGCGCGCCAACAAGGUGGUGAUGCACCUCGUCCAGUGCGCCAAGUGGCACUGGGGCGACGGCUCGAAUCACGAGUGGAUGCGAUUGAUGAAGCAACAGGAGCUGCUCGAGCACGACAUCCUUCCCGCGUUCCAGCCCCUCUAUCAGAAGUCGGCGGACAAGACCAAGGGAGAAAUUUUCCCCACCAUUUGGUACGGGAGCAACAUCGAGGUGACGAGCGUGCAGCUCGGGCUCAUAGCCAAGUCGGUCCUGGUGGCUGAGAACCCCUACCUCAAAGCGCAGUCGGCAUCGCGGGCGAGCUGGCGCAUGGUGGAAAACGAGGUUCGGCUCCUCCUCCUCGAGCUCUGCGGCAUCGCACUUUGCAAUCCGGCGUCACCCCCGGCACUGGUGCAGGCGGCGCUGGGCAUCGGCACCUACGCCGACUUCUUCACGGACCAGUACGAGAGACACGCCAUCCGCGGCGUCGUGGAACGGUAUCGCGACACCCACGCCUGGCCGGUGCAGCGGCUGCUCGAAAUGUUUCAGUGAAGCCGGAUCACAGGUCUCGGAGGUCUUGGCAGCCGAUGUCUGCCAUGACACCUUUCUUCCAUGGCAUCGGGAAAAGUAGAGCCAGGCAUUCAGCCAGCCCCGUUCACGUCGUCGAUGCUAGGCCGCUUCCAUACCCUCUGGUGCCCCAAAAGAGUGCCGAGAAAGACCCCCUUGAGCGUAAAUGCUGCGCAGCCCAACCAUAUAAUGACAAGCACAAUUGCCAGCACGGUGGACCAGACGCGAAAUGCUGGCGAGUCGAGCAGCUUCCCAAGCUGCACGGCGGCGUUUGUGUAUACUCCCUACGUUGAGCCAGUCAGCGCAUUGGAAUCCAUCACUCGGCAAAAAUGGGACGAGGCAAAUCUACCCAGGGAAAGACAAUGGCCCACACGGUCACGGCAAAUUGCAUGGGCGGUUUGCUGCGGAAGUGGUUGACAAAGGAGCGCCCGAUGCUCACCACGGCAAACAACCACCAAAAGGUGCCCUGGCCCCAGAGCGUGAGGCCGACGAGCAUGCUCGCGUAGCCGAGUGGCCGCAUGGCGUCGUCAGUCAGGAGCACCCUCUCCGUCUGCCCCGGCUCGGCGGCUCCCAGCUUGCCGUUGAGCGACAGCAGCGCGGCGCCGAGCGCCUGGAGAGCAAAGCUCGACUGGCCCCAGGGGCCACACGAGACCAUCUCGGAGAAUACCUGGGCGCCAACGAGGGGUUCGGCGCCCGUCUCGGUCUCCCAGGGCGACAGGACACGGGCGACGAAGAGAAUGUCGAGGAGAAUGGCCAAGGGCAGCCCGAGGCCGACCUCGAGAUACGCAACGACGAUCAUGGGCACCUUCUCGGCUGGUGUGAGGAAGGGCCCGGAAGCUGUCGCGGAGCAGAGGGUGCCGGCGCCGGCGGCCGAGGUGAGGGCGGCGAUGAGCGGCAGCUGGGUGCUCGGCGUCAGGCAGUUGAUGAAGCCUCCCUCUGCGUGUAUCGAAUGAACAAAGAGCAAGGGGAUCAGGAGACAGGCGGCCACGGCCAUGGCACAGUUGAGCCACCAAAGGACGUAGACGACGAGCGCCCAGGGGCGGCCGCCCCAGGGCCCGGGCACGACGACGAGGGCCAGCAUCUGGACGACGGACAUGAAGGCGACGCUGAUGCUGGCGAGGCACGCGGCCUCGGAGGUGUCGGAGGCGACGGCGCGGAGGGCGGCCCAGGGCGACGGCCGCGCGAGGGCGAGGCGGCACAGGAACAAGGCCGAGGUGGCGGCGAGGAGGGCGACGGCGGCGACCCAGAAGACGACGGAGAUGGCGUCGAGCCCGCGGAAGCGGUAGUCGAGCUGGUGCAGGACGAGGGCGACGCUGCCCGUGCCCUGGGGGAUGAGGAACCACGGCGAGCGGAAGCUGCCGAGGGCGAGGCGCGCGUGCGAGGGCUUGCCGCUGCCGACGUCGACGCCGCCAUUGCGCGCGCGAUGACGACCUGUAGAGGAGCCCAUGUUGAGGGGCCGUCUAGGAGGGAAACCGACGGCGUGUGGGCAUGGCCGUGAGAGUCAAUGGCUGGGGAUAGAUAGGUGCGAGUUGGCCGAGCGCAGCUCCAGCCUGUUGUUGGUGGUUUUUGUAUGUACGACUAGUAUGACGUCGAUGAGUUGGCUAAACUCAAGACGGAGCAAUCUGUGCCACCAAGACUCGAACACCAUGGCCGCAC